UCUUCCGUUUCCUGGUUAUUGCAGCAAAUUUUAUAUCUAUCUGGCCGGUUCAUUUAGUUGGUUACUAAUUGUUCAUAGUAAUUUAAUAGUUUAAUCAUGGCUCGUGGCUUGAAGAAGCACUUGAAGCGGUUAGCAGCUCCUAAAUCAUGGAUGUUAGACAAAUUAGGUGGUGUGUUUGCCCCUCGUCCAUCUACUGGACCUCACAAACUACGAGAAUCAAUCCCUCUCGUAAUCAUUUUACGAAAUCGACUCAAAUUCGCUUUAACCAACGCUGAAGUUACCAAGAUUGUUAUGCAGCGUACAAUCAAAGUUGAUGGUAAAGUUAGGACUGAUACCAACUAUCCAGCUGGAUUCAUGGAUGUUUUGACCAUUGAUCGUACUAAGGACUUCUACAGGAUUCUCUACGAUGUUAAGGGUCGAUUCACACUCCACAGGAUUAGACCCGAAGAGGCUACUUACAAAUUAUGUAAGGUUAAGAGAGUUCAAACUGGACCUAAAGGAGUUCCAUUCAUUGUUACACACGAUGCACGAACCAUUCGAUACCCUGAUCCUUUGAUCAAGCCCAAUGACUCUGUUAGAAUUGAUAUCGCUACUGGUAAAAUCUUGGAUUUCUUGAAGUUCGAAACUGGUAAUUUAUGCAUGGUUACUGGAGGACACAAUUUAGGUCGAAUUGGUACCAUCACUUCUAGGGAGAGACAUCCUGGUAGUUUUGACAUUGUUCAUGUCAAGGAUUCUCAUGGACACAGUUUCGCCACUCGGUUGAAUUAUAUCUUCGUUAUUGGAAAGGGCUCUAAGCCAUACAUCUCACUUCCUAAGGGUCGUGGUAUCCGUCUGACUGUUGCUGAAGAAAGAGAUAAGCGUUUGGCUCUUAAGCGACUAAGUUAAAUUUUCAGUAAUGUCAAUAUUCGGAUUAAAAUAUUAAAACAUUUUGAUUAUCAA